AGCGAGCUGCUGGCUCAGUUGUGCGGUGGACUUAGUAUCACAUGGGCGCUGCUGGUGCUGAGCCGGGCAGGAUCUGCGCUCCGGGCGAUGGCACCCAGCCUUAAAGGCAAGCGGAAAAAGAAGAGCAUCCCCAUGGCUGAGACCGAAUCGGAGAACACUCCAGGGCCAUGCCCAGCGGAAGAAACUGCAGUGGGGAGUCCUGGUGCAGAGGAGCAUGAAAGUGCUCCGGAGAAGCUGGACCAAGUGGAAUCUCCAGCCACGAAGCCAGAGGGCCCCUCCGAGGCUGAGGAGAAGAGCCCUGCGGAGGAGUCCGGAGACGAGCAGACACCGAGCAGCGCGAAAGAGGAGGAGCAGACUUUCCUCGUCAACCUCUACAAGUUCAUGAAGGAACGUCACACGCCCAUCGAGAGGGUGCCUCAUCUUGGCUUCAAGCAGAUUAACCUAUUUAAGAUCUACAAAGUUGUGGAAAAGCUGGGAGCCUACGAACUGGUCACGGGAAGACGUCUUUGGAAGAACGUGUAUGACAUGUUGGGGGGCAGCCCGGGGAGCACCAGCGCUGCCACCUGCACCCGCAGGCAUUACGAGAGGCUGGUCCUUCCGUACGUACGGCACCUGAAAGGCGAAGACGACAAACCCCUGCCCCCCAUCAAGCCCCGGAAGCAGUACAAGGUGUCGAAGGAGUCGAAAGGGGACCAAGGGAGUGGCGGGGCGGAGAAGAAGAGAGCAAAGAAGGAGAAGCUGAGGGACCAGGUUCUGCCGGAGACGCUGAAGCCUGAUCCCGUCUCGGCCCCCAAGCCUGCCGGUGGCAUUGAGCAGCCUCAGCCCCACGAGCAAGCCGAGGGCCGCCUCCCCCUUCCAAAUGGCCGGGAGGUGCCCGAGAGCCAGCCCCUGGAUGGCUGCCAUGGCAACUGCAGGGCCCACGGCUGCUCUGAGGCCUACAAGCGGCUCUUCUCCAGCUUCUACUUCAAGGGGAACCACGGCAUCAUGUCACCCUUGGCCAAGAAGAAGCUGCUGGCUCAGGUGAGCAAGGACGAGUCCUUAUACUGCCACGAGAAGCACCUCAGCCACUGCCCGGAAUACACGAAGAUCCGAAUCCGAGACAGCCCUGGCUCGGACCCAGAGGCCGGUCCCAAGAAUCCACUGGUCGGUCACCACCACCAGGAGACGCAGAAGCCGGGGCCGGAAGCAGAUGCCUCCAGAGGCCCGGCAGGUUCCUCCCAGGUCUCGAAAGCCAAUGAAGGAAUGCCAAAGGUGUAUCCGAGCCCCAGGGAGAGCCAGAUGCCUCAGAAGGCAGACAGUGGAAGCUCUGUGGGUCUCCCGUCACCGGGCCCACUUAUCUUCCGAGGCUAUUUCCACACAUCCAGAAGUGAUGUCAUGAAGCCCAAGAGCUGCCAUCCUCUCCGAGGGCCCGUAGAAUACUAUCCUGGUUUCACGGACUUCUCAGAGUCCUGCUCUGCCUAUCAGCCGCCCGGGAAGGAUGCGCUGUUGGGCAGCCUGCCUCAGAACAAGCAGGAGGUCUCGGAAGACCAGCCCGAAGACCUCCGCCGGAAGCCGAGUCAGCCCCUGCCCUGCUGGAGAGGGGACGCCCCUCCGUCCUCGGCCUUCCAGAUAAGCAGCCCUGGCGGGAAGAGAGGCUCCUCCCCUUUCCCGCACGCCAAGGUCUCUUGGGUGCCCCCUGUGGCCAACCUGGCGAAGGUCAGUCCGCAGGUCCCAAAGAACGGAGGUCCGCCCAUUCCUCAAGGCCAGGCCGGUGGCUCGGGUCCGAAGAAGCGAGCCUCGGAAGAGGACUCCUUCCUGCACGGCAAGAAGCUGAAGGCCGUUUCCCCCUUCGUCAAGGAAGUGGAAUCCAACAGUGGGCGGGAGCGGAGUGGUUCCCCGGGCGGCCAGGCCGGACUGGCAAAGCCCAAGGCGACGGUGCCAACUUCGGGAUUCCCCGUUGCUCCCGUGCCUCAGGUUCAGGACAUGUACAAAGGGACAAUGCUGCGACUCCCCGUGAACUUCGGCAGCCCGGGGGAGCAUUUAAAGGGACAGCCGCCCUCGCUGGUCCCGUCUCUAUCCAUCAGCCCUUUUAUUAUCCCCGCCUUUCCGACCCCGUUACUGACUGCGUCCGUUCAGCCCUCCGACCUCUGCCAGCCGCUGGGUACGACCCUGGUUCACUACCCCACCUCUUACGACAGCGCUCUACGCCACCGGCUGUACCCGGUCUCGACGUGGCACAGCCAGCCCGCCUACGCCGCUCCCCACGUGCCGGCCUUCCACCGGAACACCAAGCUGUAGCCGCCCUCCGUGGGCCUCCAGAGACAUGUCGCGUUUUGGACAAGGCCCGAAACGGCAUGCGAACUGCAGCUGGGCUGCACUUCUGCGUUUUGACUGUCCUCUUUCAGGCGCUUUCUCCUUUUCUUUUCUUUUUGGAAAAGCAGCAGGAUGCUACAAUCAGGAACAUAUAAUCUUCUCUCUCUUUUUUUUAACUCUUUGAACCGUCUUUGUAUUUGGUAUGGUAUGCAAAUGACUUGUGCUUAAAAAAAAAAUAACCCCAGUAGGGAACAAAGUUCAUAUAAACAGAGAUU